CUUGUGUCCACUGACCAAUAUACAAAAAAAGUGAUGGCCAAAAGGAAUAUGUUAAUACAGCCAAAAAUAAUUAAAAAGCACCAUGUUUGAAUAAAAGACGUACCAACAGCGGUAGAUCACUCAUAUGGGUUCACAAUUUGUGUGUUUCAUGAGCAAACCAUACGUACGUAACAGUGACGGUAUUGAUUACAUACGUAAAAUAGGAAUUUACGAGGUGUACCUGAAGGCAACUGAAGGGGCGGGAACUUUGCGUAAGUGUCCACCAUUCUUCAGGUCCAGGCAGCGUGUGGAGCAAUACACAGUCACUGUCUGGUCAACCCAAACAAAGUCAAACGGGUCACCAGUACUUUCUUUGUUGUGUUGGCCCGGUUCAGCGGUACCAUGUGCGGUAGCUGGUGGAGCAGUGCGGCGGUGACCCACGGGCUGAUAGCCCUGUUCGCCAUGGGCUCCUGGAUUUCCGUCAACAGUCUGUGGGUCGAGCUCCCGGUGGUUGUCAGCGUGCUGCCCGAAGGAUGGAACCUGCCCGCCUAUCUCUCAGUGCUGAUAGCUUUUGGCAACCUCGGCCCAAUUGCAGUGACGAUCACGCACCACUGUGCUCCAGGACGUUUGAACGAACGCCUCGUCAUCCACUGCAUCCAGCUGCUGGCAGUGGCAGCGUCGGCUCUGCUGGCCGUCUUCUGGUCACACACCGUCACCAUAGCUGGAGAACAAAGGUCACUGCCCUUCCUGCUCUUCACCUUCGUGCUGUCUUUGGUUUGCUGCACAUCCAACGUCACCUUCCUGCCAUUUAUGUUUCGUUACCCUCCUCAGUAUAUUAGGACUUUCUUCAUCGGUCAGGGUCUCAGUGCCUUGUUCCCGUGUGUCGUGGCUUUAGGACAAGGUGUCGGCAAGCUGGAGUGUAAAACUGUGAAUGGCACCGUGAAGCCACAUCAUUUAAAAGAAAACUUUCCGGCACAGAACUUCUUUGCGUUCUUGUGCGUCAUGCUGUCGAUCUCAUGUCUGAGUUUCUGGGCUUUAACACAAAGACAGACAGAGUCACAGGAAGAGGCACCGCCAGAGGAGUCCGGAGGGAAAAACGUAGAUGAAACACACCCGCUGCAGAACGGAGGGACGCCGGUGUCUGAGGAGCAGACGCCGUCGGAGGAACAGCCUCCUGCUGCGAGGUUCUGGACGCAGCGGAACAUCUACCUGCUGUUACUGCUCGCUAUCUCCAAUGCCCUCACUAACGGGGUCCUGCCAUCUGUGCAGAGUUUCACCUGUUUGCCCUACAGCACCAUGACCUUUCACCUCUCUGUCGUCCUGGGCAACAUAGCAAACCCACUGGCCUGCUUUCUAGCUAUGUUCGUUAUUCUGAGGUCCUCAGCUGGUUUGGGCUUCUUGUCGUUGGGAGGAGGAGUAUUUGCAGCAUAUCUCAUGGCGUUAGCAGCACUCAGCCCCUGUCCGCCACUCCUGGGAAACCCUUCUGGUGUGGCUUUAGUGGUCAUCUCCUGGAUUAUAUUCACCGGCCUCUUCUCCUAUGUGAAGGUGGUGAUUGGGACUUUGCUUCACGAGGCCGGUCACGCUGCGCUGCUGUGGUGCGGCAUCUCUAUCCAGGCCGGCUCCCUGAUCGGAGCCCUCACCAUGUUCCCUCUGGUCAACGUCUACCACGUGUUCGCCCGGGCUCAAGAAUGUGUGGAUAACUGCAGUUAGCAGGAGUGAGAUAUGUACUGUUUUUAUGAAUUCUGCUUUUUAUAGACACAGUUGCCAUUCAUUGGUGACAAAGAGGACUUUUUCAACCCUGUUUUGGGUUUCCGUUUUCCUGAGUGAAGCAGCAGAUCUGUCUUCUUGGCCUCAUCAUUCAUGCCACCAAUGAGGCUUCUUCUCCUGAUUCAGAGGCCUCUGAGCCCGUGAGAGUAAAAACAUUCCCACCAGAUAAUGGGAGCAUUGUGUUGCUGCACAUUGGCCAAGGGGAUGUAAAGUGCAGUAAAACCACAAGUGCUUUGUGGUAUUUUAUAAUUAAUCUCUGUUGUUAAAGUUGUUUACAGUUGCAAAAACAGCAGCUGAUUAUUUUCCCACUACAUCAAACCACGUGAGAAGACUCAGGGACACACAAACUAAUUCAUCCACAUGGGUUACUCCCGAAUCUAAUUCAUAUAAAACAUCCACACAGUUAGGACCCUGUUCACACGUACACUAGUAUUGCAUUAACACCAAAACACUCAUGUUUUAGGUCACUUUUAUCAAGAACUCUAACAGAAGCCCCUUCAUUUCUGAACUGGGCUUUUAUUUUGAAACAUAAAGAGGAACAUGGAUUUGUGACGGAGAUCGUUUUGGUUUUUAACACUUGUCUGUGUGGACGAAGACUUAAUUGCUACUACAACCCCAUCCCUACACUUUUUUAAAUUUUUUUUAUUUAUAUCAGUUACACUGGGAUUCAAAAAAGUUGGGGCGCUAUGUAAACAGAGUUCAGUCAUUUAGAUUCAAACUUUUCUUCUUUUCAAAUUGUUUUAAUUUGAAUAUAUGAAGGAAGACCGUUCUGUUGUAUUUUCUUUUACAGCACUUCAACUUUUUUAGAAUCCAGGUUGUUCUAUUGUCACCUACCUCUUCCCUUUGCUUCCAUGUAAGCAUAAAACAUCAUUAUAUUCACAGUUUCAUCAGAGACUGAUAGGCAGUUCAGUUUUGCUGCAGUCAGUAUUGUUCAUUUUGAAUAAAUUAACUAUAAACAUACAGUUCAGAGAUGCAGUGACAUUCCCUGAUUUCAUGCCAAAAUCGUUUUUUCUGUGCCUGAAAAAUCUCUAAAUAAGACUCAGCUUUUAACACAUUUAAGUUGAAUGUAAAAGUCCACUUUCGAUUUGAGGUUUUUCAUAAUGUUUUAUACAAACAUUUAGUGUUAUUUUCUUGUCAUUUUGGAUUUGCCUUCAUUCCAAACAUGCAGUAAUGUUAAGUUACAUUAAGGGAACAAUAUCUGGCCUUGAUGAGCUGUAAAGUAACGGGUGAUUAGUUUUGCUGAACAAGGGAUUGUGUCACCUCAGUCUUUGAAAUAAUCGUAAUGAUAUGUAUGUUUAAUUUGCACUAAUAAUGUGUAAUGUAAUUUUAAUUAAACAUGCUGCUACAGUACAUCAGCUCACACACUUCAAAAGGUUUACAGAGGAAGAAUAUCAGUAAACGUUGCCUUAACUUAAUGCUGGUAAUCCUGCUUUUUUAAAAAUUGAUCUGAUUUCAAACGACUGAUUAAUGUGAUUGGUUGUGAUUUUUUGUCGCUGUUGUUUGUUUGUUUGUUUGUUUUUUAAAGCUGAUUAUCAUGCAUACAACAUGUGACAUGAAAUUGUUGAUGACUACGUUGUAAAAUGACUGGUUAACAAUAAAGCCUUGUUGAAAAUGUCCU